CACCGCGGCCAGCCCGGCCAGUACUGCGGCGCGUACAUCAAGCACGGGUUCCAAGAAGUGUGUUGCUGUGGCACCAACCAGGUGUGCGGACGCCCAGCGGUCGACCUCCAAUGCGAGUGCACGUCGAUUGUGGUCGAGAAGGCGCCCAGCAGCUAUGCAUCAUUUGACACGAUACUCCUCGCGAGCCUGAUCAAUUUGGUCAUUAUCGGCGCCCUCUUCUGGGCCAUGUACUACUGCUACGAAGCACGGGAUGCGAUCACAAGCCGCCUUUGUGACUUGUGCUCGCAGCGACAAACGACCGGUCCACACACCAACGCUCGUCCAUGACCAUGCCGCGAAACCACGAUCCCACGCGUUUGUAUCAAAGUAUCAAUUUACCUCGUGAAAGCAAGUCGACUUCAUUUCUACUAAUAUCGAGCUCGUGUACGCCGAGUCCACUGCUCGUCGCAACACGCC